AUGGUCCCAAAUGCAUCAUCACAGCGUAUCCAGCUCAUUGCCCAGUUUUUCAUGUUGCUAUGGGUUCAUGAUGACGUUGUCGAAUAUAGUACCGAAGAGACAGUAUCCACAGUGACGGAUGACAUCACCAAGAUAUUAUUACAGGUUGCCCGCCGCGAGAUUUCACCCCCAGAAGAGGGAGUAUGCGCGGCCUUGCAUCUAACUCCCGAGAUCCUAACGGACAGUCAAGGGCUCCUCUGCGAUGUUAUCGAGAAAUUUGCCUCAUUUGUACUUUUCACUCGAAAACAGCAUCGAACUGAGUUCAAUGGGCUUCGGGAUUUCAUGGACUACCGUGCGAUUGACAUUGCUGCGGAUUUCAUCUCGAUUUGCGUUCGGUUCGGCAAUGCGCUAGAGUUGACGGCGGAGGAAAUCCGACCUCUGCAUAAGGUUAUUGACGAGGCUACGGAUCAUAUGGUACUCAUCAAUGAUCUAUUCUCGUAUGACAAAGAGAAACACGCAUCUCUUGUCCAAAACGCUACUAUUACAAAUUCUGUGGACUAUUUGGAAAAGGCACUGUCUUUGAGCCCACCGCUGACCAAGAAUAUCGCCAUGCUCCUCGCACUGGAUUACGAAUCCAAGCUACAAGACUCUCUGCAGAGGUUGGAAGAGAUGCCAGGAUUGACGGAAGCACAGCUCCGCUACGCUCAAGGAAUGGUCGAGUCAGCAGCUGGUAACUUGUUGUUUUCUUUGACCUCAGCUCGGUACGGAAAAGGACACGGAAUGGUUGACGUUAGUCAUUACGGAAAAUUGCCUCUGCAGGCCCUUCAAUGGCCGGUCUUGGGAAUCGCAACGAUUGGUUCGAUUUUCUGGGGGAUUGGCCGACUUUUGCUUUGA